CGUAGCUUCACUAGGCAGAGCUUAUAUAAAGACACGCAGAAAUGUAUACUGGUUCAGUCUUUAUCACAGGUGUACUAGGUGAAGCUCUGGAGGACUAGAGAUGGAUGCAAAGCAAGUUAAUGUGAUUGCACUGCUCAUCAGUGGCCUCAUCUUAUGUGCAAGUGCUAUGCCUCAAGGAGGAGCUGAUGCCACUACUGAAGGCCCACCAAUGCCUUACAAUUUUGAGUGGAAAGUUGAAGACCCACCUACAAACAAUUACUAUGGACAACAAGAAAGUGGAAAUGAAGCAGGGCGAGUGGAAGGGAAAUAUUAUGUAUUGCUGCCUGACAAGAGACUGCAGACCGUCACAUACUAUGUAGAGGGUGAUAGUGGCUUCAGGAUUCAGAUCUCCUAUGAGCAGAAUGCAAAUCCUCUUGGAGUAAAAUAAACAGAACACGGUUACUAUGAGACAGCCCUCAUCCAUUCUACAUAGAGUGAUGUUAUCACCUGGUGUGCAAUGCUAAAAGAGACAACAAAAAUUCUCAACCCAGAAAGACAUCUACCUGUGGAUUAAAUUAAGGCAUAAUGCUGUUUUUCUAUUUCCUUUUUUAAUAAAAACUGUAUGUCCUUCACUUCAAUAAAAAAAAUGCAUGGAAAUGUUGUCAUACCAUAAUAAAGCUAAUUUCCUGCAAAAA